GGAGGGCGGUCAAAACCGACAGAGCAUGCAGUGACUGGAAAAUGCGACAACAUGCAGUAGACGUAGAGGAGAUUGAUUUCAUUUCUCCACACGACCAGGUCGAAGGUCGACCACAAGAGCAGGAAGGGCUCGUAGUCUGGGACACGAAGACUGAUAACCAGCGAAAGCUCCUAUUUGGCGCUCGGCUUUUGGUUGGCGUGCUGACUUUGGCUGACGGAGGGAAAUGUGCCGCGGGAUAUUCUUGGAAUUGUUGAUGCGUUGUUAGUCUCUCCUCACUCUCCAGCCCAGGCCAGCACCGCCCCGCCAUCCAUCCGGCGGCGAGUGUCCGUCCGUCUGUCGGCGUCUGUGUCUUGAUUUCUGGUUGCGUUGUUGGUCUCAUUCUUUCGUUCGUCCGUCUCAACCAUCGGAAUAUUCUUCUCCUCGGUUCCUUUUUGGUGAGUGCGUGCCUGUGUACAUCGUCGGUCCGUUCGUUGCGUGCUCCUCGUCCGUCAUUCUACAGAGUCCUCUUCCACUGCUUGCAUUAGAUCGUCGCAGGAGUCUGUGAUAACUUGGCGGUAAUUGAAUUGGAAGAUUGAUUGAUCGACACGACGUUCGUCUUGAUGUUCCGCUGCAUGCUUUGGCCUUCAGCCUGCCUCUGAGUGUGGAAGAAUACAUUUCUUUGCUGCGGUGAGUGAUUCCGCAGCGGACGUGCCGAAGAGUUUAUCUUGAUUCGAAAUCCCGCUGUGUUUCAAUGCGUCCGUGAUCCGUAAUCCAUCAGCCUUCCUGAAUCUGUGGAGUUGGUGCUAUUUUGGGGCGUUUGUUGAAGUUGACUGUCGUCAUUGGCUGAAUUGUCGUCGGUUUGUUGACAUCGGGUUCUACAGAUGGGAUGGGUCGGGCUGAAAUUCGGUUGAAUAAUGGCGUCGGCGGAGCGGAGGAUCCAGUGAGCGGUCAUCCGAUGGGGCAUUUGUUCAGAAGCAGAAUUGAUGUCUGCUUCUGACCCCCGUAUCGAUUGAUCAUUGUUGGGGGUGGGUCUGAAUUCAAGCGACGAUGGGUCGCUCACAAACUGGUCGAUUGGCCCUACGGGCAGCCGUGAUGGCUGCCACGGGCGGUGGAAUGAGUCUGGCGUACAAUAGCAGUAGCAUAUUCGGGAAAGAAAGGGGGGAUGCUGUUAGUGUGAGGCAUAAAAUGGAAGCGGCUGGUUGGAAAGUCCCAGACAGAGCAUCACAGGAGGCAGCUCUGAAGGGAACGAGUCGAACUAAUCCACUGGAUAUGUUGGUGAUCGGGGGUGGAGCAACGGGCUGUGGUGCUGCUUUAGAUGCAGCCACACGUGGUCUUCGUGUUGGGCUUGUGGAACGGGAAGAUUUUGCUGCUGGCACCUCGUCGCGCUCAACGAAACUUGUCCACGGAGGAGUCAGAUACUUGGAGAAAGCUGUGUUUCAGCUGGAUUAUGGGCAGUUAAAGUUGGUCUUCCAUGCAUUGGAGGAGAGGGCCAAUAUACUUGAAAAUGCACCGCAUCUGUGCAAUCCACUUCCCACUAUGACACCAUGUUAUGAAUGGUGGCAGAUUCCCUACUACUGGGCUGGUUUUAAGCUAUAUGAUCUCGUGGCUGGUCGACAUAUGCUUCAUAUCUCCAGAUUUUUUUCUGCUCGGGAGUCGCUAGAAGUGUUUCCUACUUUGUCAAAGGGGAAUCCUGAAGGGAAGUCGUUGAAGGGGACAUUGGUCUACUACGAUGGACAGAUGAAUGACUCACGUCUCAAUGUAGCUUUGGCUUGCACAGCAUCUUUAGCUGGGGCAUCAGUUCUCAACCAUGCAGAGGCAAUUACCCUUUACAAAGAUGAAGUUACAGGAAAAGUAAUCGGUGCUCGGAUUCGUAACAACUUGACAGGUAAAGAAUUUGAUGUUUAUGCCAAGGUGGUUGUGAACGCAGCUGGACCCUUCUGCGAUGAAGUGAGGAAAUUGUCUGACGAGAAGGCACUUUCGAUGAUUGCUCCGAGCAGUGGUGUGCAUAUUGUACUCCCGGACUACUACUCACCGGAGGCGAUGGGUCUCAUCGUACCUAAAACUAAGGAUGGUCGCGUUGUCUUCAUGCUCCCCUGGAUGGGCAGGACUGUAGCUGGGACAACAGACUCUGUUACUCCCAUAACUAUGCUGCCUGAACCUCACGAGGAAGAAAUCCAGUUCAUUUUAGAUGCUAUCAGUGAUUACCUCUGCAUCAAGGUUCGAAGAACAGAUGUUCUCUCUGCCUGGAGUGGAAUACGCCCAUUAGCCAGUGAUCCGACUGCCAAAGACACCGCCAGCAUAUCCAGAGAUCAUGUGGUAGUUACAGAUGACCACGGUCUAGUAACUAUCACGGGAGGCAAAUGGACAACCUAUAGAAGUAUGGCUGAAGAUGCAGUCGAUGCAGCUAUCCAAGUGGGAAAGUUACAGCCACAACGUGGUUGUGUAACUGAACAUUUGGCUUUGAUCGGAGCUGAUGGAUUUGACCCCUCAUACUUCACGAUACUUACUCAGCAAUAUGUCCGCAUGAAACGAACACACGGAGGAAAGAUUGUUCCAGGAGCUUUUGACACUGCAGCAGCCAAACAUCUUGUACAUUCAUAUGGAGGCAUGGCUCAGCGUGUUGCUCUUAUUGCUCAGAUGGAAGGACUAGGCAAGCGUUUAGCACAUGGUUAUCCGGUUUUGGAAGCAGAGGUUGCUUACUGUGCUCGUUACGAGUACUGUGAGUCAGCUGUUGAUUUCAUAGCUCGGCGCUGCAGGUUAGCGUUUUUAGACACAGAUGCUGCCGGUAGAGCUUUGCCGCGAGUUAUUGAGAUUCUUGCAGCAGAGCAUAAAUGGGAUAAAUGGCGGAAGAAGCAGGAAGUGCAGUUGGCGAAAGCAUUUUUGGAAACCUUCAAGUCGUCGCACAAUGCUCAGUUUGACGAUGGCAAGCACAAAGUCAAUUUACCUCGCCUGCUAAAUCGGCAGGACGACCGCUCAGUAUUCGCUUUCAACUCCAAGUCCGAUAGAGAUGAUCUUGUCCAGGUUGACAAGCAGAUUUUGAAGCCGAAAAAGUAGAAUCUGCAAACUAAAAUGCACAUUUGAAGUCACACAAGUAAAGAGUUGUACAUGGAGGGUCAGACUUCUUGAUAACUACACUUUAAUCUCUAUGACCUUGAUUGCAAAAAUUUAAAGGGGGGUUAUUUGGAAUUCGGCGACGAAAGUAUUAAAGUUUUGUAGCUACGUCACAAAUUGGAGAAAUGUGUAAGUUUAACUAUCUGUAAGUUUAGGCUGGCUACUAUCAGGAAGAGGAGAGGAAUACGAUUGAUCUUAUUACAUCUUCUCGUUAUUGCUAGAUAAGUUACGGUUACAAAAUUGUUCAAGCACUGUCAUCCUCUAUUAACGGAACUACGUCCAGUGCUUUAUAUACAUGCUCUGUAUCUUACUGCAUUUCUGAAGUUACGAACCACCUUGCAUCACUCUGUUGCCACAGAAAAACGCAUAUUUAACCUAUGUAACGGGAAUUUACAAGUUUGGUUUGUGGGAAGUUUUUCCUGUAAGUCAGCAUUUGGUGGAUUUUUGCCACCACUUCAUGACAGUAAAAAGCAUCCGAGUCAUACGGGCAGU